AGAGCCUCGCGGUGCCGCGCCCUGGGGCGGGCCUGCCUGUGGCCUGCCGGGAAAUGUAGUGUCUGAAGCCCCGCCCGCGCCGCCCCGCCAGUCGCCGGCCGGGCGCCCCGUGCAACUACAAGUUCCAUCACGCUCCGCGAGGCCUUGAUCUCCAGGCUUUUGCAGGGAAGGGAGUGGGACGAACAUGGCUGAAGGCAGUCGGGGUGGCCCAACGUGUAGCCUGGUGGGUGGCAAGCAGGACCCCGUUUCCGGCAGUGGCGGCUGCAACUUUCCAGAGUAUGAGCUUCCGGAGCUAAGUACGCGCGCUUUCCAUGUGGGCGCCUUUGGGGAGCUGUGGCGGGGUCGUCUGCGCGGUGCCGGGGACUUGUCGCUAAGGGAGUCGCCGGCAUCCGUGCUGCCAGCGAGUCAGGGGAGCGCUGACUCCGACCGGGAGGAUGCCGCGGUGGCCCGGGAUCUGAACUGCAGCUUGGAGGCGGCGGCUGAGCUGAGGACGGUGUGCGGCCUGGAUAAACUGAAAUGCCUUGAGGACGGAGAGGAUCCAGAAGUCAUUCCCGAGAAUACUGACCUGGUGACUUUGGGGGUUAGAAAAAGGUUCUUGGAACAUCGGGAAGAAACCAUUACAAUAGAUCGAGUCUGCAGACAAGAAACAUUUGUUUAUGAGAUGGAGUCACAUGCCAUAGGAAAAAAGCCUGAAAAUCCAGCAGACAUGAUAGAAGAAGGGGAGCUUAUCCUAUCUGUGAAUAUCUUGUACCCUGUUAUAUUUCAUAAGCACAAAGAACACAAACCAUACCAAACAAUGCUGGUAUUGGGCAGUCAAAAGCUCACAGAACUGAGGGAUUCAAUUUGCUGUGUCAGUGACCUCCAGAUUGGUGGUGAAUUCAGCAACACUCCUGACCAAGCCCCUGAGCACAUCAGCAAAGACCUAUACAAGUCAGCCUUUUUUUAUUUUGAAGGCACAUUUUAUAAUGAUAAAAGAUACCCAGAAUGCAGAGAUUUGAGCAGAACUAUUAUUGAGUGGUCAGAGUCCCAUGAUAGAGGCUAUGGAAAGUUUCAGACUGCCAAAAUGGAAGAUUUUACCUUCAAUGACUUAUGUAUUAAGCUGGGUUUUCCUUACUUAUACUGUCAUCAGGGAGACUGUGAACAUGUCAUUGUCAUUACUGACAUAAGGCUUGUGCAUCAUGAUGACUGCUUGGAUAGGACACUGUAUCCCCUCCUUAUCAAGAAGCACUGGCUAUGGACCAGAAAAUGUUUUGUUUGUAAAAUGUAUACAGCUAGAUGGGUGACGAACAAUGACAGUUUUGCACCAGAGGACCCAUGUUUCUUUUGUGAUGUUUGCUUCCGGAUGCUCCACUAUGAUUCAGAAGGCAACAAACUGGGGGAAUUCCUUGCUUAUCCUUAUGUUGAUCCUGGAACCUUUAAUUAAGAAUAGCUACACAUACAGAAGUACCCCCUCAUGAAGUAACUGUUCUGUUGGAUCAUUACCUUGUUUCUAAGAAACGCCACUGAGCAGUAGGAUCCACUUUGAACAGUCUGUUAAAGCUACCACAAAAAAUGUCCAAAUCACAGAUAUUCUUAUAAUGAUUGUAUUUAAAUGUUAAUAACAUAUUUUCAUAUUUUAUUACGAAGUGUAUUUUUUAAUUUAGUGCUUUUUACCCAUUUUGAGUUAUUUAAGUUGUAUUACUUUAUGUAGUUUGGCGAUAAAUCCUUUGUCAGUCAUACAUAUUCUUUCACUCAAUCCAUGCCUUCCCUAUUCAUCUCUGUCCAGUGUUUUUUGCUAAACAUAGAAUUAAUGAUACAUCAAGUAGUAGAAGUGUUUUGAAAAUUCUUUGAAGAAUGUGAGCGCUACACCUUCUACCAUGAGGCUUCCAAGGUAAAGAUCCUUCAAACAUCUUUUGGAAAUGGAAAUUAGGGAAAACAAUAAUAAUGAAUUAUUUACAAGUAAGAUAAAAUUAAUAGCGUUGGGUUUAUUUAUUUUGAGAUGAAGUCUUGCUUGUCACCCAGGCUGGAGUGCAAUGGCGCAAUCUUGGCUCACUGCAACCUCUGUCUCUUGGGUUCCAGCGAUUCUCCUGCCUCAGCCUUCCAAGUAGCUGGGAUUAUAGGCGCCUGCUAUCAUGCCCAGCUGAUUUUCCUAUUUUCAGUAGAGAUGGGGUUUCACCAUAUUGGCCAGGCUGGUCUUGAACUCCUGACCUCAGGCAGUCCUCCUACCUUGGCCUCCCAAAGUGCUGAGAUUACAGGCAUGAGCCACCGUGCCUGGCCGCUUUGGGGUAAUUUGUAGUGUGCUGUUUAGUAGUGUUAGGUUUUGUUUUGAAGGAAACUAGGUACACAGACAUGUUAGUAAGACUAUGUGAAUAAUUAAUGUAAAAAAAUCUUGAGUAUGUACUCAUAACUCCUGAAACAUUAACCUGAAGCUUUAUUUCUUGAUAAAAGCUUUAUGAAUGCUAUGAGUUGAAAAUAUGUCAAUUUAAUACCAUGAUUUAAAAAACAAUAGCAGAUUUCACAUGACUGUGAGGACAUGGAAAAAUCAAGAUGUUAAUUGAUUGUGAGCUCUGGCUCACUUAUUCUUCAGUAAUGGUACUACUGGAUAGAUACUAAUAUUCUGUAAGCAAAAAGACAAAUUUUUCUGGUCCAGGUCUUCCAUUCUUCUGGUCCCCUUACUUUAAUAAUGCUAGUUCUCAUCUUAUUCUGAG